CGUCAUUAACAGUCUCGACCCUUUCGAGUCCGGCAUGCCCAUCUAUGCAGGGGUUCCCUCACAUCUGUAACGCGUCUCAGCCUCAGCCCUACCCUACCAACACCAAACCCAACCUUCAUGCCUCAACCCCGUCUCGUCUCAGCAUGAACUCCUACUCCAGCAACCAAUUCCUAGAAAAGGUAAGUCCUCUCCACAAUCGCUCACCGCCCGCAUGCGUUCGCAUCGGAACGCCAAUCUUCCAUGCGGCACAUCCACGCUCACACCUCGCACGACGCACGGGAAGCUCGGCAUGGCCCCCUUCUCCUACGCCCCCGCUCGUUGGCUAGUCAACACGUUCGUCGUGCUCUUACAGUACAUCGGACUUGUAACUCCUGCAUGAGCUACUCCCCAAACGGCACUUUCCAGCCCCACGCGUCACCGCGAUUCGAGCACACCACUCCUGCGUCCGGGUCGCUGGGUGCCGACCGCAAGCAUGAAGCCAGGCCGCAUGCAUGCGUGAUGCCGGACAGGCAGGCAGGAGGGGGCUUUAAGCCCACGGCCGUUCACGUUCAGCCUGAGUUGCGCUUUUCUGCCUCCGCACGCCUCGUCAGGCUAAUUCCAUUCUUUUGCUUGCUUGUCGCUUGCUUUCGCUUCGGUAGCGCUCUGGGAGCUGCUUGCUGGCCAGCUGGUUCUGGGUUUAUCCUUUACGCUCGUUUGUUUGUUUGAAGAGAAGGGAAGAUGGGCGCUGGGAGUAUUGCGUUGACGGGACUGAGGGUGUUGGUUGU